UGUUGGUGUCCUGGGUUCGCGGAUUAUCCGUGGCGGACGCACCUCUGACCUACACACUGCUGCUGAAUUUUGUCAGCCGCCAGACGCAACGAGCACAACCAAGCGCAAGUGCUGGUUCCUCGAGUGAACAACUCUCUCCGAGCACGAGCGGCACACUUUGCGGCCUCGUGGAUCUCUUAGCGCAAGCGGGCGCUUUCCACCGGCUAGCAUCAAUCUCGCGUGACAAGGCCCCAUUUCCAAUGGAAUUCUCGUCAUUGCCGGAGUUUCGAGGGCGUUUGCUAGAGCAGUACGAGCGGACGGUGGUCGUGCAUUUGAGCCAUCGCACUAUUUUAGCAGAGUUGGAGGCAGCAGCAGCUCCAUCUUCGGCAGUGUCUGCCGCUGCGCAAAUCUUGGGAAAUGAGCACCAGAAGCAGCCGACAAGACCUUCGUCGGGCUGCUACCCGCGGUUAGAGCUGCUCGAGGCCGUUUACAAGGCAGGAAUGGGUCUCAUCGGGAACGAAUCGGCCUUCCUGCGGAUGCGCAGCCAGAAUUUCAUGCAGGCUUGUUUGGGAUCCCUGUUUCGUACUUUUCUGACGGACUCAGAUUUCGAAGUGAAUGAAACGGUGUUUUUGCGGCUUAACCUGAGUUCGCCGAAGAAGGUAGUGGAAGUGCGACAAGUGAACCCAGGCGGAAAAAAUGAUGCAGUCGAUGUCUCGGAUGGGGCAGCAAAAGCCGCACAGGACGAUGCGGCAUCAAGAGAAGAGGUAAAAGUAGGUGACAUACGAGUCAAUUAGUUUGGUUGACCAUGACCACGACUGUAUAGAUCAAUUGUCGACUUUUUCGGUAGGUUUCAUUUCCAAUUUCUCUCGAAUGACACCGCAGCUUCUGGAAAGAAUUGCAUUUGACAGCAAACAUGCAUUUUCAUUUUCUUUCAGGAAAAGGCGACUCCCCCUCCUGCCGCAGCGGACCCUAGCAAGCACCGAAGUGUUGAUGUUGUGCUGGAGUCGCUGAGCACGACCAACAGUGGCGAAAGUGACGAACAGAGUGCAGCGUCCAGUACUACAACUACUCGGUUGCGACACAAAGUUCCCGGCAUGCAAGUGUACAAGUUGAGAGAGGCACGCUUAGGGGAUCCCCAGCGCGCCGAGAAAUCAUCCGGCAUCGAGCAGCUGCCGCAGCGCCUGGUGUCCCACACCCUGCACGGCUUGGCUUUUUUGGACCAAGUCGCGUCCUCUGUGGAGGCCGGUAACUACCGGAACAAGAAUCUCUUAGCUGAGCUGGACCUAGAGUACAGCUUCGCUCUGCUCGCGAGGAUUGCCAUGGACGAUGCGGUGCGGCGAGAAAAAGUAGCUGCGCGUUCCGAUAAUGACCGAACGGUGUCACAAGGACAAGUCAACGUCGUGAAGCAGUGGCGCAUGAUGCAUGCCCUGCUGUCGAACGGUGAGAAAGUUCAAAAGGCGUGGCCAACUUACGACGCAGAUCUCAGAGAUGCUGUGAGCAAAAUGGCGCGGCAGCAGGGCAGGGAUGAACAGAGUGUGCUGUCAAAUAAAACAAAUGAAGAUAAAAAUUCGGAAGCAGAGCAAGGAAACGCCGCAGUCAAUUCCGCCGAAAGCUGCGACACUACGGGAAAUGAAUCUGUGCAGGAGCAGAAAGCACUGACAACUCCAGUAUACGUUGAUGAUCGAACGCGACGGUUUCUUUUUUUGCCUUCGGUAGACGCGAGUGGCUCCUCCCCGCAGAAUGUUCUGCUCCACCCUCUCGAUCCGCAGGCCGCUGAAUUUCAGCGAGCCGCGUUGCUGCACCGUGCGAUCGCGCAGGAGAAGGAGAGUCUCAGAAGGGAACAAGAACUGGAGGCAAAGCAACGGAGGCUCGACCAGGAACGACAAGAGUUUGAAGAAGAAAAAUCCCUGUUCGAAGAGGAGCAGAAGGACCCAAUUCUCGCUCGGAAUGCGGAACUCGAAGAGGCCAUCAGCGAGGCGUACACGCAGUCGGAACAGUACGGCGAGGAGAUUUUCCACUUGGCCACUGAGUUGACAACCAGCUCGACGAAAUUGGAAAAGUUGAAGUCCAGGGAUGACUCCGAGCUGGUGAAGGCGAAAAGAGAAGUUGCGGAGUUGAAGAAAAAACAAGCCGAAUACGAAGAAAAAAUCGUGGAGAAAGCAGCCCUGAUCGUCCAGGAGGAAGUGAAGUUGGCGAAGCAAGAGUGGGAACGGAGUCAUUUGUUCGAACAGAACAAACGAGACGGAAACAACACGCAACCUUCUGGCGGUCACCAGCACAAGAAGGAUCGUGCAUCUUUCCCAUCGACGUUCGAAACAAAUGCGAGGAUGUUCAGGAACAACCCAAGGUACUAUCGGGACGGCUCGGAUUCAACCUCACCUUUUACCGCACCAAGAGUGCAGAACACUCGAACAGCGAACGACAGUGGAGGCGAUCCAGCGGGCCAGAAAGAGCUAAGUUUUGUUGGAAGUCGUCCGGUUCUGUGCUCGUCAAAAAGUGAGGAGGUUAUACAAGCGCUGCAGAGGAUAGACGAAGCGGAAAAAACCAAUAGCAGUGUCGAUGGCAACAUGUGCACAAGCGAGCAACACGAGAACGUGGACCCUGAUCAUACUCCAAAGCUCCGGUCGGAAACCAGCAGCUCAGGUGUGACUCCGGCAGAAAUUGGCGUUUCCGGCAUGCAGGAUGAGAUCGCCAGAGCCGAAAAUGACAACGAGACUUCAUCUUCUGCGGGAGUAGGUGCAAAGCGCGAGGGCGAUCGCUCCAUACGCAGUGCUUUGUGCGAUCUCGUUCAGAUUGUGAAAAAGGAAGCCAACCUUUCCGUGCGCGCAAAACAAGAAGACGAAGGAGAUGUUGUGAACCCCGGUUCAGAUAGUAGUGCUGCUGACCUACACCGCGAUAGGGUCGUCUUGGAUCUUUCGCAGGAAGCUGCAGCUGCCAGCGUCCCCGUAUUGGAAAAGCUCUUCCAGCUGCUGCGCCGAAAAUCGCGAGCCUACACGGUCUUUGUCGAAGAAUUGGGCGCGCGUUUAGCGUCGCCUGAGGCCGCCAAGGGGCCUACGAUCGGAUUUGAUGCAAAUGCGGAAUUGAGUGCUUACCUGGCCGAGCUCGGAGAACUUCUUUCCACGGCGCACGUACUGGACGCACAGCUUCCAGCGCGCGUUGAGCAUGAUCAGGUGAAGCCGAUAAGCGCCCCAGUCGUACAACCUGAUAUCUCGCCCGUCCUGCAAGCCGAGAAUGCACUUCGUAUUUUGUUCUGGAAGGAGCUGCGACGCAGGAUCUUGGAAGUGGUCCCGGCCUACGUGCCGGAGGAAGGACCAAAUCCUGCGAUUUGUGGUCCAGAGCACCUCCAUCUGCUGCGCGCCGCCUUAGCGAUCUACCGCCCAGGCUGCGAAGACGGUAAGCGAUUCAUGCGCGCUGCAUUGGGCUGUUUCCGGGAUUUUACGGCCUUGGGUGAAGUAGGGUCAAAUGCUGCACCCGGGGAGAAGAAUUACGGGACCCGUCGUUUUCCCGCAGCAAGUUCUGCGAGCCGCCCACCAUUACGGGGUGACGUGAGGCAAAAUGCAGAAAAGCUGCGAGUUUUGAGUCAUUUCCUCUGGGAAGUCGAGAGUUUUGACAUCCAGGACACCAGGCUGGUGUCAAUGCUGGCACAACUGAAGGGUGAUGUGCAGCGCGCCCGUGAGAAGCAUGAAUGUGAAGAAGCGUCCGCAGAGAAAGAAUGAUAGCCAAGUAAGUACCGGCACCGGUACCAGAAAGUGCAUGUGCAACAAUUGACCUGGAAGCAGAGACAGUUGCGCUGGGGUUUUUUGACGCUCCUGUCGUUGCUUCAAUCAUAGAAAAUGCG